AUGAACUGCGCAACAGUACAUCGGGUGCUACUGAGGAACAUAUGCGCGAACCUCAUCGACUGUUGGGAUGCCCUGUGUCAACUCCCGAGCGACCAACCUUUCCUGAAAAUGGGGCGGGGCAAUUGUACUAAAGAGGAGGUUUUGCAGAAACUGCUGGACAGAUGCAGUAAACACUUCGACCCGUCAGGCGAGGAGGGGAGUGAGCAACGUCAUCCGGCGCCGCCUGCAGGGGAUGGAGUGGUUACGCAAUCUGAUGCGAACUUGGGUGAGCGAGCGGAGGAUGGUGUUCCUUCCCGUUUGAUUACGUACAGGAGUAGCCGGAAUAGAUCCGGAGACCGACAGCUGACUGUCGCUGAGGCUUUCAAGAAGCGUCGUGAAGACGCAGCUGAUCGUCUGCGCGUUCAGACAGAUACACUUCAGCCAGUGACUGAGGGGGUCAGUAACGAUGGGGAAAGAUGCGACCAGCCUGAGUCCGCGAACACUCCAAACGACAGCGUUGUGGCUGCGGACUCUACUCACCAGCAAUUGGACGAAUUCUUGGACCGCAUUUCGCGAGACGGAGAGCGACGCAUAUCACCAUCCGCGACAGACGUGACUGAGGGAAUGCGUCUGACCGAAGCUUUUGAUGGACCACCAACUGAAAUGAAUGCAAAUGCAGCGGCACCGGCGUUGUGUGCGACAGUCGAUCCUGGGACAAGUACUAAAAUGGCGGACGAGCUCCAUAUUGCUGCAGAGGUGCUGCCAAACGCUGUGGCGGAGGGUGAGGUCGGACACGUCAACGGUGCGGCCGUUCAGGAUUUACCUGCAUCCACGGCAGACACACACGCAUGUGGUGCUGUGGAUUGUGAUCAACCAUGCGAAUUGGGAGCCAACUGUCGUAGUGAGAUGGCUGCAACCACAGCACACGAUGCCUGCGCCACCGCUUCUGGAGAUGUGCAAAUGGUAGAUGCGGCAAUUCAUUACGGGUUCGAGAACGGGCAAGAUGGGGGGCCACCUCUAGACGAAGAUCGCGAUGGUGGCGUCGCGCCGCACACUGAAGCAGAGUUCCCCGAAGACAGGCCAACAACAGCCGACGGAGCGCCAUCGGCAGGAUUCGAAGAGUUGCUUCAGGAGCAGUUGCUGAACCCAACAGAAACAGGGAUUGAGGACCUCCGGACAUUCAUACGGAACAUUGCAACGGUCGAACAAGGGAUUGCGGAUCGCAUUCAGGCAGCGGUGAUGGUUGGCCCCGACAUUCAAGGGACGGAUGGGAGUGCCGGUGGUUGGGCAGGUGCGAUGGAACGGAACCUCCAAGAAACGGCCGGUGUGUCGUCCGUUUUCCACUCCACAUCUGACAAGACAGCGCCAUCCACGUCUGGAACACCAUCAACAUCGGGCGAAGAUGAACCCCACGUAGUUCGGGAUGAGCCUAUCGUUGAAUUUCGCGAUGCAACAGAGCAGUUGCAUGAAGCGCUGGGUGGGCCUGCCGUCUACGUAGAGACGGAAACAGGAUUUGCUGAGGUUGGGCAAGGCAGAACAGGGGUCACGGGUGGCGUAUCGGAUGAAUUACUUCUACGGAUGGCGGGCGUAAUGCGUAGUCUUGCAGCCGCCGCUGCGGAGCAGAAUGGGAGGUACAGCUCCUACAUGCGUGAGUUGGGGCGGAUAAUUGACAGUCUCGACCGCCGCAUCCACAGACAGCAAAACCUACUACGGGAUCGAUACAGAGAUUUGUGUGCACAACUAGGCAAGGAACGCCAGGCGAUGGUGGAUUUGCGGGACGAGAUGAAGGAGAACUUCAACGUGACGAAGAGGGUGUUGGCGGACGCUGCGACAAGUGCGUUUGGAAACCAGUAUGACCUUGUGCUCCGUUCAAUGAAGGACACUGUCAUGGAAUCCGUAGAUAAGGCGCUAGCUAGGGCGGCGCUGGAGGCACGUCUGAAGGUGGUUCUACCAAGCGAUUACAUGGAGUCCAUGCGGAGGCAGGUGCAGGGGGGGGUGGCCGAAACACUCGCGCAAGUUCAAAUGACAUCCGACCGGAAUGCGGAAAUUUCGGGGAAACUGGAGGCCAUCUGCGCCGUUGUCGAUGCAAAGUUAUCUGCAGAGCAGGUUUCACAGCUGCAGAUGCUGGGAGAUGUAGGGUCCACUCUGAAACAGGUCAGGAUGGCAAGUACUAUGAACGCGCUGAUUCUUGAGAGCGUGAAGGAGAACCUGUGCGAGGCCGCACGGGAAUGCGGCCGACAGAUGCACGCUGAUCUUGUCGACAGACUGGCAGAGGUGCGGACAGUUGCUGACCGGAACGAAGAGCGUUUAGUUAAGCUGAAGGAGGAAAUCUUCGCCGCAGUGAUGGAGAAACGUGCGGACGCGGAAAAAAGUCAGAGGCAGAUGCAUGCUGCGCUUGGCGAGAAAGUGACGGAACUGCAGGUGGCUACUACCGCAAACGCGGAGUUUAUUGUUAAGCUGAAGGGGGAAAUUUUCGCCGCUGUGGUGGAACAACUCACGGGGGAGCGCGAAUCUCAGAGGAAGGUUCUCGGGGUAUUAAAGGAGGAUAUAUGCGCGGCAGUCCGUGAAACGCUUAUCAAUGGAAGAUCAGCAUUAUGUCAAGAGGGGCUUGCAUCAGUCACUGCCAGGGGAAGGCGUGUGCACGAUGUGGAAGCCAGCGCGUCCGUCGACACGAUCAACAUACAGCAUAAUCAGACCUCGCCCGACAAUGCAAUGUCGUGCGCAGACAGUGGUUCCGCAUCCAACGACGAGGCCACGAGGGAACGCCGUGGUGAGCGAUCAGGAUCAAAUGGGGGAGUUGUUUUUCCUCAUCGGUCAUGUGGGAUGCCGCCUAGGAUGACAACGGCGGCACGAGUGGAAUGCCUGCCGGCGGCGAUUCCCGGCGGAAUGGAUGUAGAGGUUCCCCUGGGCGGUACCAAACGUGCAGCGAGUAGAGCGGCUGGAGCGGGUACUUCGCCUCCGGCGGCAAACGUGCGAGGCGGUACUGCAGCAGAUUCCAAAAGGCAGCGACUGGAGGUGGAGAGACCGUCGAAACCUACCUCAAAAGAGGAUGCGGCUGGGGACUCUAAAGGUGGACACAAUGGUGAGGGCCACGUGGGAGGCCGGAUGACCUACGGCUCAGUCUGGUGUUUUCUGAACGAGCCUUCUGCGUACAUUCAAGAAACAAAUGUGCAUGAGCAUCUGUCACCACAAGCGACCGUAUCCCGGGGUCUGAUCGACGACUUGACGUCCGCACGUGGCCGUGCUGAUGCGGUCGGAGAGACGGACAUCGAAGGAUUGCGUGAGAUAGGGCUCCAAGAAGCCGAGGAUUUGAUGCCCGUUCAAGCCGACGAGUAUGGAAAGCGGUGGGGUAUUGUAAGGCCGUUCAGUGGGGUACCUCCCCUCGUCUUUGCAGCAGGAAUCUCGGCCACACUCUUCGCACUCCUGGCUGCUUUGACAGGUGUCCCUGUUGACCUAGGGAUAGAAGACGGGGCUCUCGAAACUGCUCGCGCCACAAUCGAUGACGAGGCGAUUGCCCAGCGUGCUGCCACGGCUGCGACUCGUGGUGUGUCUGCGCUGCUCGAGGUUGCUGCCGAAGCUCACGAUAAAAACGAUUGGGAACAUGUCAUGUCAUCAAAGAUUUUCCGCCAUUUCGGCGAGUGCAGCGACGAGGACACCCAGAGCAUAUGUAGGACGCCGAAGGAUUGCGUGGGGAAGACUGUCGCUGGAUCGUGUCUUCAUGUGAUCUACGAGUGGACCAAGAUUCUCGACAAAUGGGCAUACAUCGUCGACUGUCCCCCGAACACGAAGAUACAGUUUGGUGUUGGGAGGCUCGGCAAAGUAGAAAUCCAAGAGGAGCUGGAGAUGGCCUUGCGUUCCGACUUGGGCGACAGGGUGGUCGAGAAUGUUUACGCAACAUCUGCAAUAGCCGCAGGCACAAACAGCAAGGUUGGAUUACCAAACCAAGUAGUUGGAGCCAUGAAAGAUCCCCUGGAUCAAUCGAAGGGUUUCGAGCCUCAGAGUCGGGUGGUGGCGAUCAACCAACCAGGCUCGAGGGCAGGUGAUGGGACGGCUAGGGUGGGUGUGGCCCCGGAGCCCAACGCGAUGAUGAUCGAGAUCGGGAAAAUGGUGGAUGCUGCAGUCUCUGCAGCUGUGGCCAAUGCCGUCAACGAGGGGCUUCUCAAGAGGGAGCUUUUGAAGGUUAUAAAUUCUAAGUUGAAUGCUACAGUCGAGCCCGCCCAAGCUACGGCACGUGAGAAGGCUCCGCCUCCGCCUACCGCACAUGCUCCGUCUGGACACGAGAGGCAGACCAAACCACAUGACGCGUCACCAGAGUUAUCCAUGGGAGCGGCAGAGGAAGUAAUGACCGUCUGGGAGUUUGCAGAUAGCGAUGGUGAAGUUGGAACUGAGGUUUCUGACGACUCAGAGGGGGCGGCACCGAUCCUGCCAGAGUCGGAAAUGGAUGGAAAACGGCAACCGCGCCCUUCGACCUUCACCAUAACACCACAGGCCGCCAAGAUUCCGCGUGCAGCUGGGGACACCAAUAAGCAAGGGGGUGGUAUGCUGACGUUUGAUGGAGUAAUGCGCUACCUCGCAGAUAAGAUGCCAGGUCGGAACGAGGAAGACGAUGAGAACCCAAUCGGAGCUCUACAGAAAGUGAUGGAGACGCAGCAGAAUCCAGAGCUGCCAGAAAUUUCCGAGGAGAAGGAUGGUCGGCAGGUUGAGGUCCAGGACCAUUCAAAGAUCGUGCCGGACCAGCUGGGCAAGAAGUUUGGGGUUAAUAGACCCUUCAGAUCGAGCGGCUUUUUUGUCAGGCAGAAAGAUUCUCCACAGCCAAAAUUCUUCUCGGAGCAAACCGUUGGUGGGCGGAAGAGACACAUGGGUUGUUAUACGAAAAAGCGGCGCAGGGAUUUUACGAUUGCUGUCUGCUGGAGUGUAUUUUUCCCGGAUGUGGACCUCGCAUGCUACGGAAUGGAUUUGACGGACAUCCAGAAGUGGAAAGCAGAGCUUGAUUUCGCGAAAAGAAUUCCAACAGACGUAUGGAGCGUGAUGAACGAGCUCACGCUCGACCGAUUCGACAAUUUCGGGAACGUCAUGUCGUUUACAAAAGAAAGGGUCAGCAAGGAGGUUCAGUGGGAAACUGCGCUAACCUCCGAAAUAGCGUUUGCGGCAACACUGCAAGGGAGUGGCGCUGUUCCCAACCGUGUCAACCCUUUGAUCUUUGGUGCGGGGUUGGCCGCGUCCCUCAGCGUGUUGUGGCUUGGUUCGUUGGGACAUCCCCAAGACAAAUUGCAAGAGGUAGCUCUGAACGCUGCAAAAGCCUCUGUCAACGACAGUGAAGUGGCUACCAAAGCCGCUGAAGCAGCAUCGUGCAUCCCAGCUGCAGUGAUUAGUUUUGAAGACGGGGUUCACGACAAGCAUCAAUGGAUUCCGCUCCUGGCAGAGAAGAUUCAAAGUCUUUUGAAAGACAGCCAGCACGAUACUGCAUUGACGAUGUCGAGAGUGGCGUCGCGCGUGGUGGUUUACUGGUGUCAGUGCUCGGUCGCUACGGCUGGUCUGAGAGAUAACCUGAAACUGUUCCUGAACAUCCUUCCAUCAAAGCGUGGAUCGAAAAACAAGGUACUGGGUGCACACGGCAAGUCGAAGACAAAGGAGUAA